UCUCUCAUAUCUCUUAGAUCACAAGAAAGUACAAUCUUCACUAUAUUAAAAACAGAGAGAAAGAAAAAAAAAAAGAAAUAUACCUUUUUAAAAACAUUCUUGGUUUUUUAGAGAAUGGGAGCUUUUGAAACAGAAAAAACCGCAAAAGAUGCGGCGGUUGUAGAGACACAGCCACCUUCGGAAGACUUCGACCAGCCAUCUCCCCUCCGCAAAAUCAUCUCCGUCGCUUCCAUCGCCGCCGGUUUACAGUUCGGGUGGGCCCUACAGCUCUCUCUCCUGACUCCUUACGUUCAGCUUCUCGGUAUCCCUCACAAAUGGUCCUCUCUCAUCUGGCUCUGCGGUCCCGUCUCCGGCAUGAUUGUUCAACCCAUCGUCGGUUACCACAGUGACAGAUGCACCUCAAGAUUCGGUCGCCGUCGUCCCUUCAUCGCCGCCGGAGCCGCCCUGGUCGCCGUCGCCGUGUUUUUGAUCGGAUACGCCGCGGAUAUCGGCCACAAAAUGGGAGACAAACUCGAGCAGAAAUCCCCGAGGGUCCGAGCCAUCGGGAUCUUCGCCUUCGGGUUUUGGAUCCUCGACGUCGCUAACAACACCCUCCAAGGACCUUGCCGUGCUUUCCUCGCCGACCUAUCCGCCGGAGACGCUAAAAGAACGCGAGUCGCAAAUGGGUUUUUCUCCUUCUUUAUGGCGGUUGGAAACGUUUUGGGAUACGCCGCAGGUUCUUACACUAACCUCCACAAGAUGUUCCCGUUCGCAAUGACCAAAGCUUGCGAUAUCUACUGCGCGAAUCUCAAGUCGUGUUUCUUCUUGUCCAUCACACUCCUCAUUAUCGUCACCGUCUCGUCUCUCUGGUACGUUAAAGACAAACAAUGGUCUCCGGCGCCAAACUCCGGCGACGAAAAGACAUCGAGUGUUCCGUUCUUUGGAGAAAUCCUUGGAGCUUUUAAAGUCAUGCAACGUCCCAUGUGGAUGCUACUUAUCGUCACGGCCCUAAACUGGAUCGCAUGGUUCCCGUUUCUUUUGUUUGAUACUGACUGGAUGGGUCGUGAAGUGUACGGUGGAAAUUCAGUAGGAGACGAUAGAAUGUUGAAACUAUACAACAAAGGAGUACACGCUGGUGCAUUGGGAUUGAUGCUUCAAUCGAUAGUUCUUUUGUUUAUGUCACUUGGUGUUGAGUGGAUUGGUCGGAAAGUGGGAGGAGCUAAACGGCUUUGGGGGAUUGUCAACUUUAUCCUUGCCAUAGGCUUGGCCAUGACGGUUCUAAUUUCGAAACAGGCGGAGGAACACCGGAAAACUGCCGGUGACUUUGCCGGACCGUCAUCUGGUGUUAAAGCUGGAGCGUUGAGUCUCUUUGCUGUUCUUGGUAUUCCAUUAGCUAUUACUUUCAGUAUUCCAUUUGCACUAGCCUCCAUAUUUUCAAAUAGCUCCGGCGCCGGCCAAGGACUUUCGAUAGGAGUUUUAAAUUUGGCAAUUGUGAUACCACAAAUGAUAGUAUCACUUGGAGGAGGAUCUUUUGACGCCCUCUUCGGUGGUGGAAACCUACCGGUAUUUGUGGUCGGAGCAAUCGCAGCAGCCAUUAGUGGAGUAUUAGCGUUAACCGUUUUACCUUCACCGCCACCAGAUGCACCUGCCUUGAAGUCGGGAGCCAUGGGCUUCCAUUAGUGUACUCUAUGUUUAAUUUUCUUGUGAAACUCAUCAACUACAGUACUGUUGUGCAAAUAUAAACCUUUAUAACCAAAAAGAAUGGUUAAAGUGAUAAAUAUAAUAACCUUGGGUUAUCUAUCUCACCCUUUCUUUUAG